GGGCGGGGCCAGCGGCGCAUUAGCGCCUUGUCAAUCGGCUGCUCAGACUUGCUCUGGCCUCCGCGUCCGCGCCCAGCGACGUGCGGGCGGCCCAGCCCGCGCCCUCCGCGCCCUCCCGUGCCCUCCCGCUCCCGCUCCGCGCCUGCACCCGCAUCCCGCGCCGCCGCCCGCCGCCGCGCGCCCCCCGGCAACUCCGGCCCCAAUGCCCGCCGGCCGCCCGGGCCCCGCCGCCCAAUGCGCGCGGUGGCCGCCGCCGCAGCCGCUGCUGCCCCUGCUGCUGCUCUACGUCCUCGGGGCGCCGCGACCCGGAUCGGCAGCCCACACGGCGGUGAUCAGCCCCCAGGACCCCACACUCCUCAUCGGCUCAUCCCUGCAAGCUACAUGCUCCAUCCACGGGGACCCACCGGGGGCCACGGCCGAGGGUCUUUACUGGACUCUUAACGGGCGCCGCCUGCCCCCCGAGCUCUCCCGUGUGCUUAAUGCCUCCACCCUGGCCCUCGCCCUGGCCAACCUCAACGGGUCCAGGCAGCAGUCGGGGGACAAUCUUGUGUGCCAUGCCCGUGAUGGCAGCAUCCUGGCUGGCUCCUGCCUCUACGUUGGCUUGCCCCCAGAGAAACCCUUCAACAUCAGCUGCUGGUCCAAGAAUAUGAAAGAUCUCACGUGUCGCUGGACGCCAGGGGCCCACGGGGAGACCUUUCUGCACACCAACUACUCCCUCAAAUAUAAGCUGAGGUGGUACGGGCAGGACAACACGUGUGAGGAGUACCACACAGUGGGGCCUCACUCCUGUCACAUCCCCCGGGACCUGGCUCUCUUCACUCCCUAUGAGAUCUGGGUGGAGGCCACCAACCGUCUGGGCUCUGCCCGCUCGGAUGUGCUCACUCUGGACAUCCUAGACGUGGUGACCACGGAUCCCCCACCUGACGUGCACGUGAGCCGCGUCGGGGGCCUGGAGGACCAGCUGAGCGUGCGGUGGCUUUCGCCCCCUGCCCUCAAGGAUUUUCUAUUUCAAGCCAAAUACCAGAUCCGUUACCGCGUGGAGGACAGCGUGGACUGGAAGGUGGUGGACGAUGUUAGCAACCAGACCUCCUGCCGCCUGGCCGGCCUGAAGCCGGGCACCGUGUACUUCGUCCAGGUCCGUUGUAACCCCUUCGGGAUCUAUGGCUCCAAGAAAGCGGGGAUCUGGAGCGAGUGGAGUCACCCCACCGCCGCCUCCACCCCCCGCAGUGAGCGCCCGGGCCCGGGCGGGGCGUGCGAGCCCCGGGGUGGCGAGCCUAGCUCGGGCCCGGUGCGGCGCGAGCUCAAGCAGUUCCUGGGUUGGCUCAAGAAACACGCAUACUGCUCCAACCUCAGCUUCCGUCUGUACGACCAGUGGCGGGCUUGGAUGCAGAAGUCGCACAAGACCCGCAACCAGGACGAGGGGAUCCUGCCCUCGGGCCGACGGGGCGCGGCGAGAGGUCCUGCCAGAUAAGCUUUAGGGCCCUCACCACUACAUGGAGACCCCAAGACCCAACCCAAACUGGGGCCGCUUCCACCGUGACUUCAGCUCCUGGCACCUCAGCAGGGGCUUGGGCAGCGCUCCAACAACUCUGGCCCAUGUCGGGGCCACCCUUGGGUGCACCCCAGUAUGUGUGGAUUGUCCAGUUGUCCACAAUUCCAGCGUGGGCUGGGGCGAUCACGACACCCCGCCAACCCAGGGCCCCUCCUACAAUAUUUUUAAAUAAACGAGUUGUUCUAGGUGCCCUGGUGGUACAUGCGGAGUUCGAGGCCCGGGUGAGGGCCCAGUGGGGUUUGGGGUGGGGGACAUGAGUCACCGAAAUGACCCUUUGGGUUGGAAUGUCCGCCCCCACAAUUCCGGACUCUCCAAGACCAGCAGUGAGUGUCUGGUUCUGGAACCCUUGGAAGGUGUGACUCAAAGCCCCAAGGUUUUGAGGCAGAGUGUGUGUGGGGGUCCUUCAACACCUUCCCUGGUUCCCCAAAACACAAAAGUGAGGGUCCACUACUCCCUGGCCCCAGCGCCCCGGAACAAAGGUGACAUGAGGCGCAGAGGACGGACUUGUAUUGCGGGAGGGGUUGCUGAACUGGACGGGUCACCGCCUGGUGGGGCACGACCUCGGCCAGCUGGCGGUCAGGGCUGGCCGCCACCGGCCUCCUUUCCCAUCUCCCUCGGUGUGUCUCUAGGGAGCUACCAUCACUCUGCAGACUCCGCAUGAAAUCUUAGGUCCUGGAGAACCUCGCUGAUCGCCUCCAUGGUUUUAAUUACUCUACAAGAGCGGAUGAGAACUAUAAAUAAAACCCAGAUGGACCGAAUUAGCCGCUGCUGCACAGCUUGCUGGCUUGGAAGGGGGAUGCGGGGAGCCCAGGGCCCCGCUGCCCACCGAGGGCCUGUGGCAGCAGCAGCCUGGAGGGUCCUG